AAAUUCAUUCAAAAGGCACCUAAAUGGCGCUGCGGUGAAUAUGUGUGUCUAUUUUGAAGCUUGACAUAUUUUUAGUUGUUUGCACUUUCUUCCACUUCAAAAAUUAAAAUGGUCUUCCUUGAAUUUGAUGAUGAGCCGGAGCUUAUGCAGAGUGUGUUUCGCGGCGACCUGGGAGAGGUCCUGCAGGUCCUGCUCGAUGGCGGGGACGCCAACUAUCAGGACGCUGAGCAGCGCACCCCGCUGCACGCGGCCGCGUUCUGCGGUCACGCUGAGAUUGCCGAGGCGCUCCUUCUGAACGGGGCGCGCGUCAACGCCAAGGACAGCAAGUGGGCCACCCCGCUGCACUGGGCCUGCCUCCAGGGACAGUCGGGGGCGGCGCUGAUGCUGCUGCAGCACGAGAGCGACAUCAUGGUGCGGGACAAGCUGUGGCAGACGCCGCUGCACAAGUGCGCCAUCUCUGGCGCCGUGGAGAUUGCUGAGCUGCUGGCCGACCUGCUGAGUACCGUCAGUACCACGGACCGCGCCGGCUGGACGCCGCUCCACCACGCCGCCUACCACGGGCGGGUCGAGAUGGUGCAGCUUCUGCUGGAUCGCGGCGCCGCCGUGAACGCGCACGACAAGCGCGGCCGGCGCGCGCUCCACCUGGCCGCCAGCCAGGACCGAGAGCGGGUCGUCAGACUGCUGCUCGACCGCAACGCGGACGUCAACGUCGGAGACAAAAAGAUGUGCACCCCGCUGCACUGUGCGGCGGCCGCCGGCCACGGCUCCUCCCUGGACCUGCUGCUGGCGGCGCCCGGCGUGGACACGGGGGCGGCCUGCGCGUCCGGUGGUACCCCGCUGCAUACGGCGGCUGUACACGGACAGCUGGACACUCUGCGGUGUCUGCUGGCGGCCGGCGCCAACGUGCAGGCCACCGACCGCCGCGGACAGACGGCGCUGCACCUGGCCGCUGCCACCACGCGCGGUCUGGACUGCGUCAAACUGCUGCUGAGCCGCGGCGCCGACCCUCGCUCGGCCGCCGCGCCGGCCGGACUGACACCACUGCAUAUGACGGCCAUGCACGGCCGGUUCCAGCGGGCCCGGCUGCUGCUCAACAGAGGCGCCGAGGUGGACGCGUUGGACGCCCGCAGCUGCUCCCCGCUCCACCUGGCCGCCGCCUGCGGGCACGACGUCCUCGUGAAGACGCUGUUCCAGCACGGUGCCGACGUCAACAGAGCUGGACCGGACGGGAUGACGCCGCUGCACCUGGGCGCACUGAACGGGUUCACCGCCUGCGUGAAACAGCUGCUGGAGCUCGGCGUGGACAUCCGGGCCACGGACAGCCUGGGACGCACCGCGCUCCACCUCUCCGCGCACAAAGGGAACCAGGACAGCACGAGCCUUCUGCUGGCGCGGGGAGCCGACCUCAGUGCCGCCGAUAAACAGGGUCGUCUGCCGCUGCACUACGCGGCCGCGCGCGCCAACUAUGAGGUGGCUGUGACGCUGGUGGUGGCCGGUGCCGACGUCUCGUGCACAGACAGCCACGGCCGCACGCCGCUCUACUGCGCCGCGGCCGCCGACGCCGACGGAAGGACGGUACAGCUGCUGCUGCAGCGCGGCACCGACCCGCUCCAGCCGGACUCGGAGGGCCGCUCACCUCUCCAUCUGGCGGCCGCCGCCGGCCACCGCGCCGCGCUGGACCUUCUGCUCGACUCGCGCGGUGUGUGCUCCGUGCUGGGACCGCCGGCCGGCGAGGAGCGCUGCCCGCCGGCGGCGCCCAGUCCCCUCCACCUGGCUGCGUUCCACGGUCACCAGGCCAACCUGAUGAACCUAAUGGCCGUGAUGGAUAACGUCAACCUGCUGGAGGGACGCGGACGGACGGCGCUGCACCUGGCGGCGGCGCGCGGCAACCUGCCCUGUCUGCUCUCACUGCUGGAACAAAAG